AUGAGGCUGCUUAACUUUUGCUUCCCACUUCUGGCUUCGGUCAGCAUUGCCUCGCCUGUGCUUGAGACGAACCUCGCACUAGCUGCUGCAAGCAGACACCUCACUACUCCCGCAGUGGCAGACCAAUCAGACUUGGACAACUUCAAGCUAUACGCCAAAUAUGCUGGAGCUAGUUACUGCAAUAUUGGGAACCUGGGCGCUCCAACGUUUUGCAAGGGAAACCUUUGUCUGGACAAUACUACAACUCUCGCCAGAUUCACAGGCGCCACCACCGACAUUGCUGCUUAUCUUUCUGUCAACUCGUACAGAAAGGAACUCGUAGUUGGAGUGAGGGGAAGCUACAACAUCCGCAACUGGCUCGCCGACCUUCGCUUCCUCCAGGCCAGUUGUCCAUAUGGAGCCAUGUGUCGCGUGCAUCGCGGUUUCUGGCAGGCCUUUCAAGACAUUACCGACGACAGCUUCUACGAAGCCCUCCGUGAAUCCAUCCACAACUACCCAGACUACAAUGUCACGGUGACAGGCCACUCGCUGGGCGGUGCCGUCGCGUUGCUCCUGGGAUCGUACAUUCGUGAGGAGUUUGAGUCCGUCAAUGUUGACAUUUACACGUAUGGUGCGCCGCGCGUCGGAAAUGUUGUCUUUAUGAACUACUUGCGCAAUCAGCCCGGCAAGGAAUACCGCAUCACGCAUUUUGACGACCAAGUCCCGCGCCUCCCGCCGGCGUCAUACCUGGGCUACGCCCAUAGCACACCCGAGUACUGGCUCCGGGACGGCCCCGCUAAUCGGCUCAUCUACACGCCCGAGGAGGUUAUUGAGUGUACCGGCUACGUCAAUAUGGAUUGCAGCGGUAGCGGCUACUGGCCGGGCGUGAUAUCUCACCUGUACUACUUUGUCAAGAUGACCGAGUGUGGAGACGGUCAUUCGCAUGGUCACAUGGAUUUGGGAGAUUUACCUCGUUUCGCUGAGACCACAUGGAACAAGACUGGCUACGACAAGGAUCUUCUAGAGCGCCUUGAGAUGUUUGCACAAAUGGAUCAGCAGUAUGCUGAGGUGGUGGCCGAGGUGUCGAACCCAACUUCAUGA